AGCAAGAUUUUAAUUAUUUAUAUAAUAUCACGUCUCAUAUCAACUUCAAACAAAUGAAGAGCUGGAACGGAAGACGUCGCUGUGAAUUAUCUCAAAUGUAUCAUCGAAAUGUUCAGUGAAACGUUCAAAAAGCAGCAAUGACACUUUAGGGGCUGAUAUCAUCAUGAAGAAAACUGUGCGAAAGGCCCCAGAUGGAGGAUACGGGUGGAUCAUUGUUCUGGCUGCAUCUUUGAAUGGUUUCAUUGGAGUUUUAUCCGGUUUCAGCCUGGUUUUACUCGGCAGCUUCGAACACCUCAACCUGUCAGCAACUCAAGGAUCCUUCAUCAUCAAUUUGAACUCUGGUUUUGGAAUGUUGGCCGGACUCAUGAACGGGCCGCUCAUAAACAAAUUCGGAUACAGAAAAAUGUCCUUGAUCGGAGCUUUUUUCAUGUCGGCGGGAAUUUUUUUGCUGACGUUCACCGAAUCCAUGACCGGAUUCAUACUAGCUUACGGACUUAUGGCAUCCAUCGGAGUUGUCCUGACUCGCUCCUCCUACUCCUUGGCCAUAAGUACCUACUUCAACGAAAAGAGAAACAAAGCGUUCGGUAUAACGAUGACGAUAGCAGGACUGGGUCCGAUUCUGAUGCCGCAACUGCUGGACCUCCUCCUGGAGUCUUUCGACACCAAAGGAGCCAUCCUGAUCCUCUCCAGUAUCUACGCCCAAACUUUCAUUGCUGCUUGCCUGCUGCAGCCCGUCAAGUUCCACUUGAAGGAAGUUCCGGAUGAAAAUCAGAAGGAAAAGCUGUCGAAAAUCGAGGAGGUGGACGAAGGAGACAGUGCUCUGGGGGAAGACCACGAAGUUCUUCACGAAAUUCCUAAAAUCACAGUCAGCAAGAUUCCCAGAGUUAGAAGCAAUUCAUAUGUGACUUCUCGAGAACUACCAUUCCGCAGAAAGGAUUCCAUCAUCUCGAUAAGUUAUGAACAAGAAAUUGCAGGAAUAUAUGGCUUAGACACCAGCGUGAUGUCUCUUGAACCAGGUGCAUUUCCCACAUUGGAGAGACAACAACACACCAAAACGAAGUUCCAAUGGUGGAGGAGCGCCUCAACGGUGAACCUAGAAAGUUCCGUCAACAUAUUCGAGGCAGACCCAAAGGAGGAGAAAGUUUACAACGAGUUGAGUGAGAAAACAAAACAAACCUCGGCUUGUGAGCAGUUCCUCAAGUUCAUCGUCAAGAUUUUCGACCUUACUUUACUGAAAGACUACACCUACUGCAGUAUCAUGUUAGGGAUCUCUCUGACGGUGUUUGCGGAGAUUGACUUUUCGUUGUCGUUGCCUUUUAUGUUGAGCGAGUUUGGGAUGUCGACCACGCAGAUAGCAGAGUUUCUGUCCAUCCUCGGGGUUGCCGACAUCAUCUUCAGGUUCCUGGCGUCUUAUAUCGGGGAUUUGCUUGAUAAGUCGCCGAGAGUUAUGCAUCUCAUUUCGUUGAUGGGCCUGAUAGUGGUUCGAAGUUUGAUCUCAAUCACCACUGAAGUUGACUAUCUCUUCGCUUUGGCAGUAGCCUUAGGAGCAGCAAAAGGCAUCAGAACAGUGUACCUGUCAUUGACCUUGCCUAGUUACGUUCCUUUGGAUAGAUUGGCCUCGGCAUCUGGAAUCCAGCUGGUUUUCAAUGGACUUUUCGUUAUAACGGGAGGCACCUUCCUAGGUUAUGUUCGUGACGCCACAGGAGAUUACAAAGGAGGGAUAUUCUUUUUGAAUUGUGUGACUUUUUCUGUAGUUGUCUUGUGGACUAUUGAAAUGAUUUUCACGAGGAAAAAAUCGAAAGCAGAAGCGGAAGAUCAAGAGGAAAGUAUGAAAGUUCUCAGUGAAUCGGAAACCUAAUGAUGAUACGAUCGAAAAUUCGGUUUCUAGUAUUUGUGAUUUAUAUCUAAGAGAAUAAAAAGUGAUAUUUUUGUA